UUUGAAUGUACUUUAUUCUUAUUUAGCACCUCUUCAUUUUCUAUAGACUAAAACAUCCCAACCUAUUACCACUUCUUGGCUACACUUCCAACCAGUCCACAUUGUGUCUAGUGUAUCCUUAUAUGGCAUUGGGAUCACUGGAUAAACACUUGAGUAGGUUGGAGCUCGGGAAUGAGAGGAGGUUUCAGAUACUGAGAGACAUUGCAUCAGGUCUACAUUAUCUGCACACUGGAUGUGGUGAGAUAUUAGUACAUAGAGAUGUGAAGAGUGCUAAUAUUCUCUUGGAUCAAAACUGGAGAGGUGUAUUAACAGACUUUGGCAUAGCUAGGACACUCAGUUUAGAAACUACGACUGUUGUAACUCAAAGGAUAGUUGGUACUAGAGUCUACAUGUCACCAGAGUACUGCACUGGCCUAGUAUCACCUUCAGCUGAUGUCUAUUCACUUGGUGUGGUGAUACUUGAGCUGGUGUUUGGAUGUUUGGCAUUACACAGCCCCAAAGGAUCAGAUACUGAUAUUAUAAGUUUUCUUGAUGAAUGUGACAACACAGCUGAGUUUUAUUUAUCAUGUUGGUCCAGGAGUGAUGGUGAGAGACUAGAGGAACUAGCAGAGAAAUGCACCAACCCAUAUAGAGAUCAAAGACCUACCAUAGCUAAAGUGCUAGAGAAACUUUGACUUUCCAUUCAAUCUUUUUUAUUUUAUUUUCUUCUUUAAUCAGUACAUCAAGAAAAGUUAACUGAAUAUUAA